AUGGGUGCAAAUGAUGUCGCAAAUGCUUUUGGUACAUCAGUUGGUAGUAAAGUGCUUAGUCUACGAAAAGCCUAUAUAUUAGCAAUUAUAUUCGAAUCACUUGGCGCAAUUCUUGUUGGUUAUAAUGUGACAGAUACAAUGAGAAAAGGUGUCAUUGAUUUAGACUUAUAUAAUAAUACACCAAAAGAAUUAUUGGUUGGUCAAGUGGCUAUUCUUGCAGGUUGUUCAACUUGGUUAUUAAUAGCAACAUUUGCUCAAUUACCUGUUUCGACAACACAUAGUAUUACCGGAGCAACAGUUGGUUUUGGCUUAAUAAUGAGAGGAACACAAGGGAUUCAUUGGUGGAAAAUUCUGAAUAUCGCAGCUUCCUGGAUUAUUUCACCGUUAUUAUCCGGAAUAGUAUCAUCAAUACUUUAUAUAAUUGUCGAUUUUACAGUUAUUAGGCGGAAGAAUCCAUUUGAAUGUGGUUUGCGAGUUUUACCAUAUUUCUACUGGUUUUGUAUUGCUUUCAAUACUUUUGCUGUUAGCUUUCAAGGCUCUAAAGUCUUACAUCUAGCCAGUUUAUCUCUUUGGUUAUGCUUGUUAAUUAGUGCUUCAGUUGCAACUGUUGCCGCAUUUUUGAUCCAUUUUUUGAUGGUACCAAAAUUAAGAAAAUGGAUUGAAACCCUGAAACAUUUUGUACGAUGCUUUUUACCGGAUAAAAAACAUCAACCGGAUUCGAAAACUACGCUUAUUUUCGGUUCCAUUCAGGCAUUUACUGCAUGUUUUGAAGGUUUUGCUCAUGGCGCUAAUGAUGUUGCAAAUGCAAUAGCACCAUUAGCAGCGCUUUUGUCCAUCUACACUCAAAUGGAUGUACAACAAAAAGGUGAAACACCAAUUUAUGUUUUAGUAUUUGGUGUCUUUGCAAUUUGUAUUGGUUUAGUGGUACUUGGACAUAAAGUUAUUCGUACAGUUGGUUCCGAAAUGUCAAAUAUUAAUCCAGCUAGUGGUUUUACGAUUGAAUUUGGUGCUGCAGUAACAGCGCUUUUGGCAAGCAAAGCUGGUUUACCAAUUAGUACAACACAUUGUUUGGUUGGUAGUGUAGUAGCAGUCGGUGUUGUCAAAUCUCGUAGUGCUGGUGUUCGAUGGAGUAUUUUUCGAAAUAUCUUUCUAUCAUGGGUUGUUACUUUACCUGCUUCAGGUAAAGUAACAAAUGAAAUUGAUUAUAUUCUCUAA